UUAGUUUGAUAUUUACUAUAACGAGAAUCGGUACCACGGUACCACUUUUUUUAUUUAAAAAAAGUGGUUUUACGAGCCCACAUUUUUGUGUCUGUUAAUAAAAAACGUAUUUAUUACCAUACGCAAUCACAACCCAAAAUCCGCAUUAUUUGCAAUGUUGUUCCAAGACGUCGACGUGGCAAAGAAAAACGCGGCCCAAUUCUUUAACAAAAAUCCAGAAAGCAUUAACCAAGACAUCCGCAUAAUCCAACAAUGGUUACAAACGCAACCACACCUUCCAGAAUUGAUGGAAGAGCCCAAAAUCGCCAACUUCCUCCUACUCAACAAAUACAGCAUCGAAAAGACCAAACAAAAAAUCGACAUGUACUAUACCGUACGGAGCGUACUGGUUGACAUUUUUGAAAAUUCGAACCCACGAUCGUCAGUCAUGCGGCACUUCAUGGACCUCACCUAUUGUUGUCUACACCCAAAAACCAUCGACGGUCUGUACAGAGUAUAUUUUAUCAAAAUAAAAAAACCCAGUACUUUCCUGCCGCGCGAAUUUGGCUUACAGUGUAACAAUAUCGGAGAAGUACGCUUCUACGAGGACUGCAUGGUCGGCGAUAUAAUUAUUUUCGACAUGAGCACGCUUACGCUUCACGAUCUGACUAAAGUCACCCCGGUACUAGUGUCCAAGUUUGUCAAAAUACACCAGGUGUACUCAAUGAGGACCCAUCAAGCGUACUUCAUCAACAGUCCACCCUACGUGGGGAAAUUGUUGCAAAUUUUGAAGAUGAUAGUCAAGCCAAAAAUUUUCGCAAGGCUUCGAGUCUGCCAAGACGACGCCGUUUUGAGGGAGAUUUUCGCGCAAGACGAGCUCCCGAGGGACUAUGGGGGUGAUGGUCCAUCACUCGACGAACUAAAUGAGUUAAUGGGAGCGAAGCUGGAGGAGUAUGGGCACAGAUUCGAUGUUUUGGAUGGGUUGAAAGUGGACGAGAGUAAAAGACCUGGGGAGUUGGUCGAUGAUGCGGUUUUGGGGUACCAUGGCAACUUCAAGAUGCUGAAUGUUGAUUGAAGUGAUAUUUUUACUGAAUGUUGGUAUCUGUUCUGAAUAAAUACUUGUGAUUUAAAA